GAGCUGGAGCCGGCCCCCAGAGCCUGGGAGCUGGGACCUCUCAACCUGCACAGGAUGCUGGCUUUCUCCGUGAGUCCCCAGAGCGGCUCUUGGACCGAGACUUUCUCCCUGCUCUUGCUUCUUGGCGUUGGCCUCUACUUGGGCUACUACUGGGCAUGUGUGCCCCAGAGGCCUCGUUUGGUUGCUGGGCCCCAGUUUCUGGCCUUCCUGGAACAAUACUGUCCUAUCACUGUGAAGACUUUCUACCCUACGCUGUGGUGUUUUGAGGGACGGCUACAAACUAUCUUACGAGUCUUCAUGCAGCCAAAACGCCGAGUUCCUUAUCAGAGUGAAGUUAUCCAAACCCCAGAUGGAGGCCAGUUCCUGCUCGACUGGGCUGAGCAGCCUAAUAGUGGCCACUCCUCUGACCCUACCAGCCAGCCCAUAGUGUUGCUACUUCCAGGCAUCAGUGGCAGUAGCCAGGAGCCCUACAUCUUGUACCUGGUUGACCAAGCCUUGAGGGAUGGCUACAGGGCCGUCGUAUUUAAUAACCGAGGCAGCAGAGGAGAGGAACUGCUGACCCACAGGGCUUAUUGUGCCAGCAACACUGAAGAUCUAGAGACAGCUGUGAACCACAUAAAGUGCCGCUAUGCCCAAGCUCCACUACUGGCUGUGGGCAUCUCUUUUGGAGGUAUAUUGGUGCUGAACUACCUGGCACGAACUGGGAAGGCUGGCAGGCUGGUGGCAGGACUGACUCUGUCUGCAUGCUGGGAUUCCUUUGAGACUGUGCGCUCGCUGGAGACCCCCCUCAACUCAUUACUCUUCAAUCAGCCCCUCACGGCAGGGCUCUGCCAGCUUGUGGACAGAAACAGAAAGACGAUUGAAAAGGUGUUGGAUGUAGACUUCGUGGUAAAGGCCCGCACAAUUCGCCAGCUUGAUGAGCGCUACACAGCUGUGGCCUUUGGGUAUAAAGACUGUGAUGACUAUUACCAAGCAUCGAGCCCAAGAACCAAAGUAGAUGCCAUCCAGACGCCAGUGCUCUGCCUCAAUGCGGCAGAUGACCCCUUCUCCCCAGCCCAUGCUUUUCCUCUGCAGGCCAUCCAGCGUUCUCCCAAUGUCGCAUUGCUUGUCACGGCUCGCGGUGGCCACAUUGGCUUCCUGGAAGGACUGCUACCCUGGCAGCACUGCUACAUGAGCCGCCUCCUGCAUCAGUAUGCCAGAGCCAUCUUCCAGCACCCGGCAGAGCUGCUGGACCUCAGGGCACACUCGUCUAAAAAUGGAAAGAGCUGACAAGAGAGAGCCAUUUGGGG